CAAAAGAACAAAAACCAAAGGAACAAAAGAACAAAAUCGGAACAAAGGCGAACUCUUCUCCUUCGUGCGUGCUCGUCGCUCCUCUCGUCGGCUGAAGCUUCGUUCUUCCUUUUCCGGCGUCUCUCCCAUCUCUCCGGCGGCUCCCACUCGGCUGACUCUCCGGCGACUCCUCACUCCGGCGACUCCAGGUACGUUUCUGGUGCUCCUCCUUCUCCGGUCAGCGUUGCUCCCCCUUCGGCGCGACAGAUCUGGGACGGCUCGCUCGAGCUCGCCCAGAUCUGCGGUAGAGCAAGGAGACGAACUCGAGCUCCGGUUCUGCUUCCCCCCCUCAGAGGCUGGUCAUGGCGGAGAAGGGAGGGAAGGGGCAUUCGCUGCCCGGCAAAGCGGCCAAGUCCUCGCUCAAGUCCACCACUCCCAACGGAGCGUCCGCGAAGGGCAAGGACGAUGGUUCUGGGAAACCCAAGAAGGGGAGGAAGGUUCAGUUUGAUUCCGAAGGUCUCGGGGAUGGAAUUUUCGGGUUUUCAUCUGGCACCAAAGCAGACAGCUUGUUGAAAAUGUCCGUCUCCGAAUUCAUCAUUUUCGGGCUGUUUCUGUGGAUUUAUUGCUUGGCAGUUCCAUGUGGCUUCGGUUGCUUGCGAUGUGUUAUUUGCUACUUACUGCGUGCUGAUUAUUUUGUCCUGGCAAUCUGUGUAUUUUCCUUAGUGAAUUUGGGCAAAGGAGGGAAAGGAGAUAAGACUGGCAGGGCUGCCAAAAGUUCCGCUCCCAAAGAACAGCCUCCUCUGGAGCUCAGAGUUGAGCAGGAACUCCCAAAACAUGCCAAAUGUCUGAUGGACUGUGAAGCUGCUGAAAUCUUACAAGGAAUCCAGGAGCAAAUGGUUGUAUUGUCUGAGGAGGAUCCAACGGUCAAAAUUCCUGUGAUGUAUCAAGCCCUUCUGGCUUCAGGAGACCUCAAGUCUGCAAGGAUUGUGCUGAGCAAAAUGCCCAAGGACGAUCCCCACGUGCGCCUCAUCAUCCAAGAAUCCCAAACGGUGUAUGCCAAGAUGGCAUCUGAGAAAAAGACGGAGAAAAACCGGAAAACAAAGGGAAUAAAGCAUAAAAAGUCGAAGGCGAAAAACGUAGCAUCAUCAUCCUCCAACGCUCUUGUGACAAAUUUUCACGGGAUUCCCCCGUUCAUCUAA